UGGUACUACAAAUGUACAGUGUAUGACAUAUGCACAAUAAAUUCGAAUCUCCAUUCUCCGCAAUCACCAAAAAGCUUACAAAAAGAAAAUUAAAGUGCAGCGGAGACUCUUCUUCCAAAAGCAGCGACUUCAGCUACAAUUUCCCACAAGCUGCUCUGUUUUGAUGGAUUCGAGGUGGAAGCGGGAGAGCAGCUCCGACGCCGGACUUCAGCUGCCGGAAAGCCCACGGCAGCCGAUGGAGUUCCUCUCCCGGUCAUGGAGCAUCUCUGCUCUACAGGUCUGCAAGGUUCUAGCUCCUCCUCCCCAUUCCUCUGCCGCGUCUAAUUUGCCUCCCAAACCUGCCACUCCUACCGCCGCUCCCAACGGCGGCGGCCCCUUGCCGGAGAUUUCCGCCGGCGAGUAUUUGGAGCCGUCUAACCUCAUCGGAAGCGCAUUCCCCUUUGCUUCGUCAGCUACUUCUAAGCUGGUGCUCGAACGCAUAAUGUCUCAGUCGAAGCACAAUGGGCAAGAAAUAUCGCCGCUAACUUCAGGAAGGCUGUCGCAUAGCAGUGGACCUCUGAACGGUUCCCUCACCGAAGGUACAGAUAGCCCGCCGGUCUCCCCCUCCGAUGAGCUCGAAGAUGUUGUUAAGUACUUACAAGCCAACAACAGUCUCCAGCCUUUAUUCACUAAUCAUAACACGAGUAAUGGAUAUGCCGGCAGCGGAGCAACCACCCCUGCAGGAGGCAGAACGGUUGGGAGGUGGUUGAAGGAGAGAAGAGAGAAGAAGAAAGAAGAGAGCAGGGCACAAAAUGCUCAGCUCCACGCUUUGAUUUCGGUCGCUGGAGUGGCUGCUUCAGUUGCUGCAAUCACAGCCGGUACUGCUGCGGCUUCUUCCACCGGAAACGAUGAGAGCGCCGCCAAGACAGACAUGGCCGUGGCCUCAGCUGCAAUGCUGGUCGCUGCGCAGUGCGUGGAGGCCGCGGAGUCCAUGGGAGCCGACCGCGAUCACCUUAUCUCCGCCAUUAGCUCUGCCGUCAACGUCCGUUCCCAUGGAGAUAUUUCAACCCUCACAGCCGCAGCUGCCACAGCUCUACGCGGAGCUGCUACUCUCAAGGCGAGAGCGUUGAAGGAAGUCUGGAGUAUCGCCACAGUCACACCUGCGGCGGCAGAGGAUGGACAGGGAAAACUCAAUAAAGGUCCCACAUGCAACAACAAUGGCUAUUGCGAGGGACUGGACAUUGAAGAAAAUUUCUUAGGAGUUUGUAACCAGGAAUUGUUAGCCCGAGGUCGAGAGCUGCUCAAGAGAACCCGGAAUGGCGACUUGCAUUGGAAAAUAGUGUCCGUUUACAUACACCGUAGCGGAGAUGUAGUGCUAAAGAUGAAGAGUAAGCAUGUCGCUAAUACCAUCACUAAGAAGAAGAAGAGUAAGUUCAACUUAACCCAUGGAAUGACAUUUUUUGUGUAUAGUGUUAAAAUAUAUUUAACUCUGCCAGUCUACGACAGUAUAUACAUAUGUAUAUAUCAUAUAUGUACAAUUUGGUUUCAUGAUGUUUUCCAAUGGUGGGUAUAUUGCAGAUGUAGUAUUAGAGGUAUGCAGGGAUGUGCAGGCUUGGCCAGGGAGACACUUGUUUGAGGGGGGGCAACACUUUAGAUACUUUGGGCUAAGAACACAAGUGCGGGGUUUGGUUGAAUUUGAGUGCAAAAAUCACAAGGAAUAUGAAAUGUGGACUCAAGGCGUUUCAAGACUUCUCUCUGUUGUGGCUGAAAGGAAAAGAAGAUUGAAUUCUUAUUGAAUUAGGAAGAACAAACCAAACGUGGUUAUAUAUGAAUGUAGAUGUUGGUAGAUGAUGGAUGUUGUGGAGUUGCCAGCCUCAAUUUGCAUAUAGAGUCAGUAUGUAAAAUAGUGUGUGCGCUUUUUAAUUUAGUGCAAAACUUUUUCGGGAAUAUGCUUUUAUUUUGAAUAUGUUUGGAACACGAAAAUGCUACGGAAAGAAAAUAGGAAUUGAGUGAAUAUAAUUUCUUUCCUUUUCCUAGCAUUUUCGGUGAUCCAAACAUAGCCUAAAGCAAGUGAGUCAUUGUCAUCGCGAUUAGUGAGAGAAUGCAAACAUUGCGAGUUUCCAAUGAAUUCAUUGUGCGCAAAUCUUGAGGUUUCAUUUAUAAUUCAGUGCCCGAUUGAUCAGAAUAUUUAUGCCUAUGAGACGACUUACGGUUUUUGG